AUGGAGAGAAUAAGACCUGAUUACCUGGAUGAGUUGUUGUUUGCAAAAUUUGCGGAGCUAGAUCACAAUGUGGCCAUCCUGCGCGAGGAAAUGGAUCGUAUCGCACAACUAUUGGAAAGGAGGAAGAGGGCUGCAGAUGAAGCUAGGAUUAAUUUUCAUCCUGCUGAUGAUCUUCGAUAUGCUGGCUCAUCUCCUUGUUUUUCACAGGAAACUAUGCCACAAAGUUUGGACGUGAACUCUUAUACAAUCCCCUCUAUCGAAAACCAUUUGUACGGCUCGAAACUCGCGGUUGAAUGUAACCAGGUGCUAAAUCGGAAUGGCCGGAAGAAGCACACAUCUGAAUUAGCGUUUCAUCCUUACGGGAGACUGACUGAGCUCAUAACACCUGCUGGAGAAAGGACUGAGCAAACACCGACGACGCGAACGUUUGACAAUGUCAUGGACAUCCUGAAUUCCUCCGCUAUGUUCAUCCUCUCAAAGAAAAGCUAUCCUUUGUUGACUACAGCUGUGAAACCCGAGCAUUACGAUGAGGAACUGCCGUCAGAUCCUGACGAUAAUGUAGUAGACGAUGCCCACGACCAAAUUCAAGCAAAAUAAUAUCGUCGUGACACCCAGCCAUUGAUUAAAUAUAGAAUGUAAUUUAUCGUUUCCAGCCAUUUUUGAUUAGAUAUAGAAUGUAAUCUAUCUACUUUCAAGUAGCCAUGCAUUUGUCGAUGUUUUACCGGUUCUUCGUUUCCGAUUAGCUUAUCACUCCACAACAUAUGGUGAAUUUUUUUUGCCACACGUUUGUGAGAUUGCACACUUCACAUGGUACCUCACGACACUAUUCAUUAGUCAACAAUAAGCAAAAACCGCUUUAGUUGAAUAGUUAUUAAAAUGAUUAUUUACAUCUGAUUGCACCUUUUUCAGCUAGAGAAAAAGGCAAAAAAACUUUUUGAAUGGGAUAUGUAAGCACAUGAUUGUGAGAUACCGCGCAUGUCGUGCAACAGACUACGCUGUUUCACUGGCGUUUAGCUCAA